AUGGUAAUUACCAUGAGAUCUUUACCUAUUAAGAGAUGCAGUUAUUGGUCUGAAAGGAGAAGGCUUGAGAUUGCUGGGUUGAUGUCGUCUGUUUUAAGAGCUCAUUUAAAUGCAUAUGAUCCAGUCCUUUCAAUGACAUUGAGAUAUUUGAUAAGCAUACAUAAAGAAUUUUGCUUUCGUCAAGGAAUCUCAUCACCGAUUUCAGAUCUUGAUGAGAGGUUGCUCCUGGAGGAACGCGAUCCUGCUGCUACACUGCGGGAAAGUUUGUAUGAAGCACCUCCAUUUGAUGAGGUGGAUAUACAAGCCCUAGCCCAUGCUGUAGAGCUCACAAGACAGGGUGCUAUUGACAGCCUGAAAUUUGCUAGAGGGGAUUUAUUUCAAGCAUUUCAGACAGAUGGAUCAAAAGCAGAAGCAGACGAGGAGAGUAGGAAUGAGUUAUGUCGGAUGAGGUUGGAUCUUUCCAUGGUCGAUGAACUUGUUCGAGAGUAUUGUGUUUAUAGGGGUAUUGUGGACUCUGGUCUUACACCCCCAGCAGCAGGAACGCAAGCUGCAUUGGGGUCUGGAGCAGUAAGUCGAGCACAGCCUGGACAUUGUUCUCCAGGAAGCUGUUCCCUUGAUGUUCUGUCUUCAACCAGCAAACAUUCAGAUGGUGAAACUUCCAUUAGUAAUGCUCACACAGAUGGUUCUCCUGACAUGAAUAUUGAUGUGAUACUGAAGAACGGUACUCUUGUGAGACCAGAAAUAGUCACGAAGACUGUUGCACUAGUGGAACUCACCUUCCUGAAAGUUCAAGGUUGUUACAACGAAGUAGAAGCCAUGGACUUGGAGAAAGGAGCAAACGCAAGCGCUGGAGGGGUAGACAAGAGAAAUAUGAUGUCAUUCAUGAAGUCCCCAGUGGAAAUAGUAAGCAAGAACUUAGCAAUACCACUUCACUGGUAA